AUGUAAAAAUUAGGAAAACUGGGAUUUGUAAAUUAAUUAAUCAUUAUCACUUUAUAUUGUAUUUAAAAUUAACAUCAAAUGGAGGCAUUUUUUGAUUUCAGUUAUUUCCAAGAUCUCAGAAAAAUUUGUUCUUAGGAUACUUACAAGGAAAAGCUAAGGGUCUUCCUAUUUAAUCCGUAUAUGGAAUUGAAGGAGCACCAAGAAAUAGUGGACCUCUUCAUUGAAUAUGCGGAAUUGUCUCGCGAGUAUGGAAUCACUUUCGAACAUAUGAUCAAUCAUAACAUUGGCAUUAAAGAACCCUAAUUCUAUCAUUACUUUUUCAAUAAGCUCAAAGAGACCAAUUCCAGAAAAGCUCUCUAAUGUAUUUAAAUGGCUAAGCAAUUUUGUUAUUCAAAUUUUGAACAAAUCGAGAGUAUGAACAAGGAAUUGGAGAACAUCCUCCUCUUCUAAUUCGAAUCCUAUUAUCAUUCUCAAAACUGCUCCAAAAAACAAAUAGAAGAGAAACUCAAACAAUUUGAACUCAAGUUCUAUUAAUCCAAGAACAAGAGAAUCCAAAUCCACAUCGAUGAACAAUACAGAAAACUAGAUCUCAAAGCCAUCAUCCAUGAAAUCGAGUCAUUCAAAGAGAACAAAUGCCAUCCCAACAACUCCGCUCAAAUCCCAAUCGCCUAAUCCUACUUUCUGAAUCCAGAAGAAGCAGACUUCAACAGCCAACUUGAAUCAAAGGAAUUCAAACUCACCAAACCCAAAUUUCAGAACAAUCGCAGCAACCUUCAAAUAGCCCCUCAAUCCCCUAAUUUCUCUAAUGACAUUGCUGUAUCGGAAGAAAUCAAUAAACUCACUCCCAUCAGUUCCUCUUCCACAUCCAGUAGAUACAUCUUCAAAAUGAAUAACAAUUACAACAUCAAAUCCAACCAACAACAAAAAUUAAUUAUACCAAUACCCACAAUCAAUUAAUAAAUCAGUCCAUUAAAGUCAUUGAACAGAAUGAAGUACAAAAGCAUCCAGAAACUAAGAUAACUGAUUUUUGAAGACAACGUUAAAAGUUCUGUCAAGGAACCCUUAAAGUUUGAUUCCCCUUAAUGAUUUAUAUACUCAUAUACUUAGAACAGUAUAAUUAA